UCAUUUCAUACUGUAAAAAACAUAUAUAUAGUCGAGAUUUGGUUAAUAUCAAUCUCGGGAGCACACCCACGCCCGGCGCGUCCGGUGUUAUGAACAUAUUUGCUUAACUAUCAAAGCACACUUUAGGUGGGUAAUUUUGGUACCAAUCACGCCACCACAACUAUGUCCAGCGUUAAAUAACGAACACAAUCAGAUUUGUUUUCAGUUUCUGACGUUCUCCUUUCAUAGUACAAAAGAUAACUAAAAUCACGCCCGAGGUGAACUGAUUUCCGCAUCACUCGCGCCAGCACAUCAAAGCACUACCUCUCCGUGCCGCCACCAAGACCUGUGCCGUUAGGGAACGUAACACAAUAAACGUCAAAUCCUCCCUUCCCACUCACCCUCCCAUCCCUCCUUUAUGUGACGCGGUGACGAGCCACAAACCUGCACAGAGCCCGGCAGGAUUCUGGGUAGCGUCGACGGCAGUGUCCCGCUGGUCGUGAGUGAGAGAGGAGGUCGAGUCUGUCGCUGCUAAAGUUACUUGACCGCGCGUGCAUAUCGAACGCCGGGAAACGUGGAUGCGAACGCCAGAGAAGAAAGAUCCGUCACACUACACAUAAUUUUUCCUCCCCGAGACUGGAUUUUGAUAACUUAACUGGUUUCUUACGUAUUUUACAACUUUGUUCUUAUUAGAAGGAGCUUUUACUCUGUGUUUGCAUCGCGUGACGACUGUUUGAGUGAAGAAAACAGACGGAACCAACCCCACACGAAGAGUUUUACCCCCACCUUAGACGAAAAAAAGAGUAACGAACCCUACGCGACCAAGGCAUACACACACACACACACGCACACACACAAUGAGGGGGCCACGUUCCCGCGCCUUGGUGCUGGCGGCCACGCUCCUCAUCCAAGGCGCCGGCAGCAUACGCAUCACGAGCGUCAAAGUGCCGCCUCUGGUCAAGGUUGGGAGCGAGGCGGAGCUGAAGUGUGAGUGGGAGGAGGAGAAGGACCAGAUGUACUCCGUCAAGUGGUACCAAGGCAACCACGAGUUCUACCGCUACACGCCCACCGCUAGUCGCCGCACACAGAUCUUCGACCCAAACACCCUGGACGUCGUGCGCACUGGCUCAGAGGGCGGCACGGUGAGGGUUGCCAACAUAACCACAGCGGCUGAGGGUCCCUUCCACUGCGAGGUGUCCGCGGAGGGGCCGACCUUCCACACCGCCUCCGACACCGCCAACAUGAGGGUGGUGGAGCCACCUAAGGGAGGUCCAGAAGUGACGGGGGCGCGGCAGCAGUACCAGGUGGGCGACAAAGUAGAGCUGACCUGCACGUCACGAAAGUCCCGCCCAGCUGCCACCCUCUCUUUCACCAUCAACGCCAGGCAGACCACCACGCCUCCGCGCCACUCUUCCCCAGGUGUCGAGGAAUUGGCUCUAGCAUAUAAAGAGCCGGGACAAGGGGGAGGAGGGGAUUGUGGCUCUAGGCUUACACUUCAUCCUUACGCCGGAGCUCCUGGAGGGGGGAGAGGCCCUCGUCACCUGCACCGCCCUCAUCCCAAACGUUUACGAGGAGGAGGUGCAGACGGUGCUGUCCACGCGUCCCCCUCACCACGCCUCCGUGAUGGCCGCGGCCCCCGUUACAGGCUCAAGACCCACCCUGGCCGCUGUCAUACUGGCCUCCCUUCUUCAAUCCCUCUUCGGCGCUCUCUGAAACGUGGCUCAACUCCCCACACCCUCGCCCACCACCUCCUCUUGUUUUGGCUUCCCCCAGGGACUACAGAUUCAUCAAAGCUACGAUAAGUUCAUCACCUCCUUCUCCUACCCCCCACCGCCCCAGGCAAUGGUGUCAAAUUCGUGUCGUGAUCAGUGUGUAAAUACGUGUAAAACAAGUAGAUUUCUUUGUUCCCUUGUAAGGCUGUCGCGUGUCGGAGGAUCUCCCUCGAGUGUUGUGGAGACGAGUGAGAUUGUGACGGAGGUGGUGGUUGAUGUAGUUUAUGCUGUGUUUUUAAGAUUAUCACGUAUAAAUGUUGCUUG